AACCAAGAUAAGUCCUCUAUAUUUCGAAGAUGGACAUACUACUUACUUGGGACCCUGAAUGAGUAACUUGAAACAAUGAUGAAUGACAGAACUCAGCGUGAAAAUCAGAUAAAAAAGAACCAGAGACACAUAAGAAGUACUCCUGUGUUUAAUCUGUCAAAUUUAACUGAUAAUUCUCCAUGGUAUGUUUUCCCUUAUCUAAACUUUAUCUUGCAAAGCAUGGCUAUUUGUGGACCCAACAAGAAGAAAGCACAUAGCCAAUAACUACCAACCAAACUAAUCACAUUAUCCUCAACAGCUCUUUCACAACCACAAACCAAACCAGAAAAAACAUCACUCAUUCUCAGACUACACAAAGGUCACAAACAGAGGGGAAAAAAACUACAAAUUCUGAAGAAUAGAGAGAGCAUAAAAAAGACGAGGUAUCUUGUUCUUGUGAUAAGAUAAUAUGCUCUUACGUGGCAACAUCUAUGCUCCUGUUCCAUCCUCCCUACGACUUAACUUCAAAUCACAAACUCACCCACGAAACCUCACCAUUUCUUGUCAAGCAAGCCUAGACUACCCACUCUCAAUAUCCGACGAAACCCUAGAAAAGCGAGGUUUCAUUCUCCGCCGAACCGCAGAGGGGUUAAACCUAGAAGCACUUAACAAAAUAUUUGUAGCAGUAGGGUUUCCGCGGCGCGACCCGGAGAAAAUACGCGUUGCACUCGAGCACACUGACUCAUUGGUAUGGAUACAAGAGAGGAAGUCGCAGAAUAAUGCGGUUGCAUUUGCAAGAGCUACUGGUGAUGGUGUUUUCAAUGCGAUAAUAUGGGAUGUUGUUGUUGAUCCUUCGUUUCAAGGGCUUGGGCUAGGGAAAGCUGUUGUGGAGAGGCUUAUGAGGGAUCUUGUAGGAAGAGGGAUUACCAAUAUUUCUCUUUAUUCUGAGCCAAGAGUUCUUGGCUUUUAUCGACCUUUGGGUUUUGUUGCUGAUCCUGAUGGUAUUCGUGGAAUGGUUUACUCUACAAAAAACAAAAGAAAAAAAUAGUUGCAAGAGGAGUUUGAGAAAUCUGCAGCAGGAUGAGCUGUACGUGCACAUAAAAAAGGAAUGGCAAAGCAAGCUGCAAACUCAAAUAACGGUGAACCAACUCUGAAGGUUUGGUGAUUCGAGACACCAAUUUAUUUUCUGCAAUUCUUAAUUCAUGCUGCCAUUAAAUUGACUCUGUCAUCAUAUAUGUCGUGCUUUUUUUUUUUUGUGGAUGCAGUGGCAGAUGGGUUGAGGUUAUAGGCAAUGAAUUUGUUACGACUAAUUGAAUUUGGAAAAAUACAAGAAGUAGUGAAUGCAACAAAUCUGUUUGAUUUAGAUUGAAUUCACUGAUUUCUUAAGUAUCAAUGACAGGUCCAGUUCGAUUCUAUACACAGCGUGCUUCCUUUGUACCUUGUCCCGAAGAUGAUUUACAGGAACUUAAGUGCAAUUGUUUCAUAUGUACAAUUUGUUUUUAAACUAGACAAUGAAAUAUUCUGUCUGUCCCUCCUCUCGGCUCUUCUAUGUGACAUUCAUAUCCACCUUUACAUAAAAAAUGCAUAAUGGAGAGGAAUGAGUUGAGGGACGGAUAUAGCAUAAGCUCACUCCCAUGCCGUGCGAGAUAUGAAACACUCUCUCACCAUAGAAGGCACCCUUUUUCAAAGUCUACUUUUACUUUCUAUAGUUUGGAAAUUUUGUUCAUCCAGAUAUGUGCUUUUGGUAAAUCGUGCAAUACAAAUGUAUAAUUUCAGAAAAUGAACUGGAAAGCAAUGUCUUGCUUUUUGCUUCUACCUAUUGGGAAUGGAUUAUCUUUGUUGAUGAGAGAA